UUAAGCGGUUGUGCGCACACUCUCUACCACCUUCACCAUAGGCAUAGGCAGUGCUGUUGUGUUUUCACAUCCUUUUCCUCUUUCACUGCGAUCGCAAACAUGCCUCCCAAACAGGACAAGGGAAAGGGAAAGGACUCGAAGGCGCCGCCGAAGAAGAAGGAAGGAGGAGGUGGUGGCAAAGCCAAGAAGAAGAAGUGGUCCAAAGGCAAGGUUAGGGAUAAGCUAAACAACCUGGUCCUUUUC